AUGGGAUUGAAAAGAGUAAAAAAUAAGCUGUGUAAAAACAUACAUUCGCUUAGAAAAAAAGUGGAAGCACUAAUUGAAGGACAAAUCGUUUCUCCGGCUGUUAAGAAAAAACUAUUAUUUUCCGAAGUUAUAGAGAAACAGUUAACAGAAAAUUAUCGUGUUCUAACAAAACCUGCACAAAAAAGAAUAUUUUGGAAAAGCAUUUCCGGCUAUGUUAUCAAAAAGUAUAAACAAAAAAGUUAUUUAAAGAAAACCACAUCUGUCGUCACUUACGAAAAUAAUAAAUCUAGAACCAGAUUAAUAAAUCAGGAAUUCAUCGGGCAACAAGUAAUAAAUUUUCUUGAAAAAGAUGAGUACAGUAGACUCUGCCCUCGCAAAAACGAUUAUGUUACAAGAAUUUACACAGAAAAUUUAUGA